GUAGCAUCAUGUUGUCCUACGUUAUUCCACGACUAGGUCUAGGACUUUCCUUUAGACAAAGUUCAUCUCCUAAAGAGGCAAGGCCAAUGUCACAAUACUGAGCACCAUCACAACGUCGAGUCGCUCUCGCUAUAUCUAAUACUCCCUCUGAUUGAAGAACUUCAGAAUCCAAGAAGAUUACGAAAAAUGGUGGCACUAUCAGUACGUGCUAUGCUCCUCUGGAGCAGCUUUCUUGUUGUUUUUGCUGCCAUAUCCCUGACAUUGUUCUCGCCAGAGCUGAUCGAAUUGACGUCGGCAGCAUUUUUACCCGCACGAGACCUUCUACAGAAGGUGAUAGAGCCCUUGUUGCCGCACCUUAAUCUCCUCUGGGAAAAGGGCGUUGCGUUGUACCAGGAGUUAGAGCAGAAUGCAGGGAUGCGUUAUCGCGUGGAGUGCGCAGCGAUGACGACGCCGGUCGUGAAUGUUUUGCUAGGGCCUUUGCCGUCUUUCAUCACUGUCGUGCAACGGCGUAGCAUAGGAAAUUUGCCGUGCUUUCCGUUUGCGUUCCGCCUCGGUAACAACUCGGUUUGGCUGGCAGCUGGGGUCGGCCUUGCUAGUCCAACGGUGUGCAUACCGAAUGCCUUUGGUACGUGUGUGGGUCUGGCCUUUGCGCUGCUGUACCUGUGGGCGAUCGAUGCCGAGGAAAAAGACCUCAAAGAAGCCGCUUUUGUAGACGACCAAGGAGAACGAAAUGGCGUUGAGGACGCAACAUCAAGGACGAUGAACUCGAAGUCGACAGUAACCACAUCUCAGAUGAAGUCUUUUGGCGCAAUCACGAAAGACAUUGACCACCGCAAGACAAGGUUAGCGACUCUCCGUUCGACACGUAAUACGUUUCGAUGGCAAUUAACAUUCGUAGCAUUCUCCAUUACGGUGGCGACUGGCUUGGUCGCUCUCAGUAGGAGUGAAACGGCAAAACCGAAGCUCCGCUCCGCUUUCGAACGCUUCCUAAACAUGGUAAUGGGUGAUAGAAGAAUUAGUGCUGAGUCUCCUCUGCUGACAUCAUUCGACGACUUUGAUUUUAUCGACCAUGGCGUAUUACCCCUUGCUUCUGUCCUGACGACGCUUGCGUUUGCUGCACCAGCAACCAAUUUGCAUGCUGCUUGCAGCACCUGGGACGCGAGCUACAUGGGUGGGGUGUUCAUGCUCUUUUGUGGGCUCGGAAGCGGAACGGCGUGGUUCCUACUAGGUGCGAUUUGGAUGAAGAAGAACGCGGUGGUCAUUCCGAAUGCUCUAGGAAUCCUGACGAAUUCUACAGCACUGCUGUUGUACCUGAUCAUCAAGGCCUUUCCCCGAUCGUCGAUGCCUACAACUGCACCAGGAGGAAGUUCGUCCACUUGUAAGCGGACGAGACAGAAUAUUACGUCAUUGUCGACGAAAGGCGGCGACGGGGAGGGUACUGUUACAAGCACAACAGGAGCACUCCUGAAACAGAAGCGUCGGGAUCCUUGUGUCAUGAAGGGCCUAGAUGAAGAAUCCGAAUCCUCCGAAGAUGGACGCGAGAAUAGGUCUGGGAAAGGGAAACCACGGCGACGCCAGUUGGUUUCUUAGCAAUUGCGCACGUGCUGGCUCCUGCGCUCUUUCAUCACGUUCUUGUGACUUUAUAUAUCUGUUUUAGGGCUGCACGGUGCCCCCCCUGUGGUAUGGUCGGUGGUGGCGCUCGCGCGCUCUUUUCCGCGCUGAUUUUCGCGGAUUCUAGUGGUGGAAGGCGUCAGAACUGGGCCCGGGCGUCCCCUUGCGCCUCUCUGCAUGUUCCUCAGGGACCUCCUGGCCUCUGCUGACCCUCGCAGGCCGGAGGUCUCCAGGUUAGGCCGCCGAAGGCGGCCACGGUUUCAAGAGCAAGCAAGCCGAAGCCCAAGGGUCCGGAGGGUACAGGCCGCACGGCUCAGGCGGUCCAGCCCCUCGAGGGGGCUGGCAGCCUUCCACAUCCGGCGCCUUCGGAGGCCUUCCACAUCCGGCGCAUGUAGGGCACUCGCCGGCAGCUGGAAGGGAGCGGAGGCGGCCCCUUGGGCCCCUUUUGCAGCCUUCCACCUUCCUCGGAGGUCUGUAGGGUGCCGCCAAGCAGCUGGAAGGGAGCGGAGAAGGCCCCUGGGUCCCCUUUUGAGGCGUUCCACCCCCGGCAGACGGCUCCUGAAAGGGUCCGGGGCUACCCGUACUCCCCCCCGCUAGGGGGGGGACCGUCGCCCUGCGCCUUGGAUCAUAUGUUCCAGGGCUCAGGGCGGGAGGCCCCCCCCCCCGAUCUAACUUUUUGAAGGGGGGGGGGCUUGCCAGCCCCGGCCCCUCUUUUCGAGGGGCUGCCGGGCGGGAAGGCCUCAAAGCGCCCACUUCUGACCCCUUCCCGCCUUGUUGCCUGUACCCUACAGACCUGGCAAAGGCAAAGGGGGCAAAGGCAGGGCCCCGCUGGCUUGUUGCAUGUACCCGACAGACCAGGCAAAGGGGGCAAAGGCAGGGCCCCGCUGGCUUGUUGCAUGUACCCGACAGACCAGGCAAAGGGGGCAAAGGCAGGGCCCCGCUGCCUUGUUGCAUGUCCCCUACAGGCCUGGCAAAGGGGGCAAAGGCAGGGCCCCGCUGCCUUGUUGCAUGUACUACCCUACAGAUCUGGCAAAGGCAAAGGCAGGGCCCCGCUGGCUUGUUGCAUGUACCCUACAGACCUGGCAAAGGCAAAGGCAGGGCCCCGCUGGCUUGUUGCAUGUACCCUACAGACCUGGCAAAGGCAAAGGCGGGGCCCCGCUGGCUUGUUGCAUGUACCCGACAGACCUGGCAAAGGUGGCAAAGGCAGGGCCCCGCUGCAUUGUUGCAUGUGGCCUACAGACCUGGCAAAGGGGGCAAAGGCAGGGCCCCGCUGCCUUGUUGCAUGUCCCCUACAGGCCUGGCAAAGGCAGGGCCCCGCUGCCUUGUUGCCUGUACCCUACAGACCUGGCAAAGAUGGCAAGGCUGGCGCGCCCUCUGGCGUAUUGCGGUACCCGACAGAGCUGGCAGAGGAGUCAAGGCGGGACCCCGCUGCCUUGUUGCCUGUGCCCUACAGACCUGGCAAAGAUGGCAGGGCUGGCCGCGCCCUCUGGCGUGUUGCGGUACCCGACAGAGCUGGCAGAGGAGGCAAGGCGGGACCCACCCCCUUGGCGUGCUGCAUGUGGCCAACCAUACAGACCGCGCAAAGGUGGCCAGGCUGGACCCCUCUGGCGUGGUCCACCCCAGAUCCAUCCACAGGGGGGGGGCCUCCCUCCUUGGUACAUAUAUAGACUUCGCGACCUCUAUGACAUAGUUUGAAAUUAAAUGCAACAGGUGUACUAGAAGGCUGGCUCUAUUUUUCGACCGCGCCAUAGCUGUGGUGCUGACUAGAAUUUACAAUAGAUCUCUGAAAGCUGAUGCGCCUUUUUGAAGAUCAUAAGGCGCACCUUACACUAGGAGAUCCAAAAACUGAUAGACUUCGUUGAACAUCGCCGGAACUGGAGCUGGUGCGGAAGCACUACUCCUGAAACGUCUCAUCAUCAACGCAGUUCUCUGCGAAGACGGUAUCUGACAACACGUCUUCACUGCUGAGAAAAGUUCAUCUUUAAAUAACUGAGCUACUCUACUCACGGC